CAUUAUUUUUGUUCAGCGGAGUAACGUCCUGUCGGCUGCCCCAUACCCGCCGCCGUGCCUGGAUUUUCACUUGCUUCUCAUUUUCUGGAGUUUUCCCCGUCUUCCUUAUUUUUCCUGUAACUCUGACUUUGGCUGCAAACGGACAAAGAGAGAGAAAGGGGUCUGUGGCCGAUCAAAAAAGCAACCUCAGGAUGUCAGGAUCCUUAAAACUACAAAAGAAACAGCAGGAUCGGGACCUUGAGAUGCACUAUGAGAGCAGCUAUCACCAAAGCUCCCUGUCGUCUGUUAGCCGCCGGUCUUAUGCUGCUUAUGUGAGCGGUCAUGGGCACAAGACAUCAGGGAAGAAGAAAGUGGAGAAGAAACUGAGCGUGAUCCCCAAAAAAGACAAGAGCUCUUACCUGGCAGUGGACAAAGAAAACGAGGUCAUCGGAUACGUCGUGCCAGUCUUUAGAAGCAGUCAUUUAGCCACUCAGGAUCUGAUGGAGACUCAGGAGGAGGUGAAGGAAGAGGGUGUGGGGUAUGUCGUGAUGAGGAACCUGUUCUCCAGGGAGACUGACUUCAAAAUGAGAACUGAGAAGAAGACCAGGGAGAUCACUAUGAGAGAGUCUGCCGAUCGCCUUGUUCUGGGCAGAAAGAUGCACGAGAGAGAAGAGUUUCAGAAGAAGAUGAAUCCAGACAGUUUAACUCACCCCCCAGAGUUCAUUGUGAAACCACGUGGCCAGACCGUGUGGGAGGGGAAGAGUGUGAAACUGCACUGCACUGUGGCUGGAUGGCCCAAACCCCGUGUUGCCUGGUACAAAAACAAUGUUGUAAUCGAUGUUAAGGCUCACCCUGAGAAAUACAUCACAGAGAGCCAAUACAACAUGCAUUCUCUGGAAAUCAUAAACUGUGAUUUUAGUGACACUGCUGAGUAUCGGAUCUCUGCACUCAACAUGAAGGGAGAGAGUUCUGCCUUUGCCCCUGUCAUUGUUAAAAGAUUCAAAGAUGGAGAAAAGGUGAUUGAAAGGCCUCACGGUUACAGCCCUGAAUAUGGUGUCACCUUCAAUACGACCAUUAUUGAUAAGUUUGGUGUUUCAUUCGGCCGUGAGGGAGAGACCAUGAGUUUGGGCUGUACAGUCAUUGUCUACCCCAAUAUCAAGCGCUACCAGCCAGAGAUCGUGUGGUACAGAGAUGGAGUUGUCUUGUCACCUUCUAAAUGGGUUAACAUGCAUUGGAGUGGUGAGAGAGCCACUUUGACUCUUGUGCACCUCAACAAAGAAGACGAGGGUCUCUACACCCUGCGUGUCAACACCAAGUCUGGCUUUGACACCCACUCUGCCUAUGUAUUCGUCAGAGAUGCUGAUGUAGAGGAGGAAGGGGUUCCUGUUGCUCCUCUUGAUGUGCAUUGCCAUGACGCUAAUAAAGAUUAUGUGGUUGUUACCUGGAAGCAGCCAGCAGUGGAGGGCAGCAGUCCCAUCAUGGGCUACUUCAUUGACAGGUGUGAGGUUGGCACUCACCACUGGGCCCAGUGUAAUGACACUCCAGUGAAGUAUGCCCGUUUUCCUGUCACUGGGCUUAUUGAGGGCCACUCCUACUCUUUCAGGGUGCGAGCCCUCAAUAAAGUUGGAGUGAGCCGUUCAUCUCGUGCCUCUGACCCUGUAGCUGCCAUGGACCCAGCAGAUCGCGCCCGCCUUAGAGGUCCCUCUGCUCCAUGGACUGGAAUGAUCAAAUUCACUGAGGAAGACCAUACUGUGGGGGUUGUCCCUGAUCCGCCCACUGACCUGGCUGUCACUGAAGCUACUAAAAGUUACAUGGUACUGAGCUGGAAGCCACCUGUUCAGAGAGGACAUGAGGGUGUCAUGUAUUAUGUGGAGAAGUGUUUGGUGGGUACAGACACAUGGCAGAGGGUGAACACUGGGAUCCCAGUGAAGUCUCCACGCUUUGCCCUGUUUGACCUUGCUGAGGGUAAAUCUUACAGCUUCCGUGUGCGCAGCUGUAACUCUGCCGGAGUUGGAGAGCCAUCAGAAGAAACUGAGGAGACUACUGUGGGAGACAGAUUGGACCUGCCCUCUGUCCCAGGGCCUGUUGUUCCCACCAGAAACACUGACUCCUCUGUGGUGGUGACAUGGGGGGCAUCUAAGGAGGUUAAGAAUCUGGUGGGCUAUUACAUCGAAGUUAGUGUCAGUGGCAGCAAUGUGUGGGUUCCCUGCAACAACAAGCCAGUCAAAGGCACAAGGUUUGUGUGCCAUGGACUGAACACAGGGGACAAAUGCGUGUUUAGGGUGAAGGCGCUGAAUGCUGCAGGAUAUAGUGAAAGCACCAGCGAAUCUGAAGUCUGCCUUGUGAAAUCAGGCAUUGCUGUCCCAAGCCCUCCCACUGGUGUGAUUCUGCUGGAGAGUGCUCGUGACUACAUGGUGCUGGGCUGGCAAGCUCCUGCUAAGACUGGUGGAGCAGACAUCAGAGGUUACUAUCUGGACUACAGAACAGUUAAGGAUGGAGCCACAAGCAAGUGGCAUGAGCUUAACCUCCAGGCAGUCAAUGCCACAUCCUAUAAGGUGACAGACCUGAAGGAAAACGUAAUCUACCAGUUCCAGGUGCGUGCAUUCAACCAGGCUGGUAUUAGUGAAGGCUCUAUACCCAGUAUCCCCUUGGAGUGCAAGGAAUGGACUGUUGCUGUUCCAGGCCCUCCUCAUGGCCUACAUGUCCUGGAGGUGCGCAAGGACUCCUUGGUGCUUUUGUGGGAACCACCCACAUUCAAUGGCCGCAGUCCUGUGACUGGAUAUUAUGUGGACUUCAAGGAGGAAAAUGGCAAAUGGAGAUGUGUCCAAGAGAGAUCCACAAAGAUGACUUACAUGAAGGCAUUUGGUCUCCAAGAGGGCAUUUCUUACAGGCUGCGCGUCUAUGCUAAGAAUUUGGCGGGUGUUGGAGGACCCUCAAAAGCAACUGAUGCUAUUUUGGCACAGACCCGCCCUGGAAUCAAUGAGAUAAUGGUGGAUGUGGAUGACGAUGGCGUGAUCUCUCUGAUCUUCGAGUGCUCCGACCUUAAAGAGGGUUCUCAGUUUGUGUGGUCUAAAAACUACAAGGCCCUCACUGACACCUCUCAUCUCACCAUUCAAACUGUUGGGGGCAAGUCCAGAGCCAUAUUUAAUGCCCCAUCUUUGGAGGACUUGGGCAUUUACUCCUGUGUGAUAACCAACACUGAUGGAGUGUCUGCCAGCUACAAGCUCACUGAGGAAGGACUUAAGCGCUUGCUGGACAUCAGCCAUGAUCACAAGUUCCCAAUAAUUCCCUUCAAAUCUGAAAUGGCCAUUGAGCUUCAGGAGAAGGGACGUGUGCGUUUCUGGGCUGAAGUUGCCAAGUUUACUUCUAACUGCCAAGUGGAAUAUGUCUUCAAUGAUAAUAUUAUCACUGAAGGAAAGAAGUACAUAAUGAACUUUAACAAGAGCACUGGCAUCAUUGAGCUAUUCAUGGACUUAUUGGAAGUUACUGAUGAAGGAACCUUCACAUUCAACCUUGUUGAUGGCAAAGCAAAAGGUCGGACCAGCUUAGUGCUUAUUGGAGAAGAGUUUGCAGAGCUUCAGAAGAAAUCUGAGUUUGAGAGAGCAGAGUGGGUCAGAAGACAAGGUCCACACUUUGUGGAGUACCUUAGUUUCGAGGUCACCCCAGAGUGUGAUGUGCAUUUGAAAUGCAAGGUUGGAAACAUCAAACCUGCCACUGAGAUUGCCUGGUUUAAGGAUGGAAUUGAGAUUGAAGAGGAGGAUGAGGAUGCAAAGAAGAUCAGAAAAUCUCCUGAAGAGUUGACCUUUGAUAUUGGCAAGAUUUCAAAAAAAGAUGCUGGAGUAUAUGAGGUCAAAUUGAAGGAUGAGAGAGGAAAGGACAAAACUUUACUGAAUCUGACAGAAGCAGGUUAUCAGGCAGUGCUGAACGAAGUGUUUAGAGUUAUUGCCAACUCUUCUACUGAGCUCAAGGUUAUGAGCACAGAACAUGGUAUCAUUCUGUACUCCUUUGUUGUGCACUGUAUUGAAGAUCUUCGUGUUGGCUGGCUCCACAAAGAAUCCAAGAUCUCCCACUCAGACAGAGUGCAGUGUGGAGUCACUGGAGAACAGCUGUGGCUCAAAAUUAAUGAGCCAACAGAGAAGGAUAAGGGCAAAUAUGCUAUUGAUAUCUUUGAUGGCAAAGGUGGCGUCAAGAGGGUUAUCGACCUGUCAGGACAAGUAUGGGAGGAAGCAUUUGAAGAAUUCAAGAGGCUGAAGGCAGCAGCCAUAGCAGAGAGAAAUCGUGCCCGUGUUGUUGGCGGCCUGCCAGAUGUUGUCACUAUUCAGGAGGGCAAGUCUCUGAACCUCACUGGCAACGUAUGGGGUGAUCCUGUUCCUGAGGUCAGCUGGAUAAAGAAUGAGAGACAGCUGGUGUGUGAUGAGCACUACUCACUGAAGUUUGAACACGGCAAGUUUGCCAGCAUCACCAUCGCUGCUGUUACCACUGCCGACUCAGGGAAAUAUGCCCUGCAGGUGAAGAACAAGUACGGCAUAGAGGCAGCAGAGUUCACUGUCAGUGUCUACUUCCCAGAGGAUGAAGCAGAGAAGAAAGAGUAAAGAGAGACACAGAGGGAGAGAGGGGUUCAACAAAUGACCAGUAUAUCUUCCAAAGCCUUUUAAUUCAAAGCAUGUAUUGUUUACAGGUAUAUGCAAGAAAUGACAUGAGCAAACAACAUGGCAAAAUUCUAGGAGUUUGGCAUGUAUGGUGUGAGCAGGUUAGGUCUGGUUUUAAUUUCAGGCCUUGUAACUCAGGACUAACAUAGCAUCACUUUUUAACACUGGGUUAAGCAACGUUUCGUACUUGUAAUUUUGAAAGGGGGUUAGCACUGCUUUUAACCCUGGGUUAUGAAGCCUUAUCCAGAAAUGUUAACUCUGAAUUAUGGUGCCAAAUGUAUACAUUGUAAACUACUAACCCAAGGUAAAGUAUAAACAGUGUUGGGAAAACCGUCUUGACAUUUGAGAUGGAUAUGAUUUGAAUUAAACAGCUUUGGGUGUUGCUUUAAAAGCACAAACUGGAACAUAGCAUAUGCAAAAGUAGCAUGUACCUCAGCUGUUGUCUCAUUUAAAUUAAAAGUGGUUUGUUGUUUCCAUGUGAAUCUACUGCUCUGUGAUACAAUGUAUCAUAUUAUAAAAAUGACCCAAGAUUCUCAUUCUAUGGAAGACAACAGAAUUUCAAGUUGGUUAAAGAUUACAAAGCCAAUAACGUAAGAUAUUAUGUAAAAGCAAGAGAAACAUAUGCACAAUCUAAAUCUGAAGUUUUUUGUUUUAUGCUAUAUGUCUGCUUUUUGUUGCUUGAUGCAUUUUGUGUAUUUAUACAUUGUAAAAACUACAAUUUGGUCCUGAUAAAGAGUAGGAAGAGUCAGUGGCACUGUUGUAAGGCAGUUUUAUCUGCAUAGGUUCUUCAGAUAGCACAGAAGCCUUUAUGUGAGACUAGUGCCUCUCUAGCUAUCAUUUUUUUUUUUUUUUUCAGAAACAUUUGUUGAUUUGUGCACUCUUAUUGGCUGGCACAUAGCUUAAUCUCAAAACCAAUAGCCAGUGCUAUGCAAUAAAUUAACCCAUUGCAAUGAAGAAAAUGUGUCUGACUUGAAAUCCUGUACAGCCUGGACUGUAGCAAGGACCUGUACUGUCAAGUUUUUUUUUUUUUUUUUCUUCAUGGUAUGCUAAAUCUACUAAAUAACCAAAUAAAUACUAGCAGAUGCUAAAUAUAC